AUGCCCAUCAGCUCACUUGACUAUAAACAUUGUAGCUACAACAGCUACGUCAAAAUAAUCUAUGAGGCAGGAGAUCGAGGCGUCUGGUUAUUAGGCUCAAAUUUGAUCCUCAGAGACCGAGGUUCUAGCUUUCCGACCGCUGAAGAAGAUGGGCACACUCUUAUCCUAAUGAAAUCUUGGCCGAGGCUUUCUACACAUGAAAAGGAGGGAAUAGCAAAACAGACCGCUGAGUAUCCGCUACAACUUGGCAAGCUCCAGUCCGACAAUAUUCAAUCCCUGGGUGGAGGUCCAGUUUAUUCAAAUUUUCUGUUCAAGAAUAAAGAUUUCGAUCUACCACAUGGUCCUCUUGCAUUGGAUGACGAACUCUGGGCACAUAUGGAGCGUGGGUUGAAUGAGGCUAUAACUGAGGCUGUGCGCAUACGUCUUCGGCAUCGUAUGCCACCCGCUACACCUUAUACCUUUACGCACGGUGACCUCACUAAUGUCAACAUCAUGGUUGAGAAUGAAUCCCUUAUUGGUAUUGUUGAUUGGGAGACAUCUGGAUACUUUCCAGUAUGGUGGGAGUACGUUUGUACGUCAGUUGCUGACAGUGAGAAGGACGGGGAGUGGAAGACCUUGUUACGAAAACAUAUGCCCGAUUAUAAUAACGCACGUGAAUUUUGGUUGUAUUACUAUUACUUAUGCAGGAGUCUAGAGCACGAAAGAGCGAGGAAUUUCAGCGGGGAAACAACAAGCGGCAAUCCCUAG